GUAGCUAACAGAUGCGGGUGAAAGAUCCAUCAAAAGACUUACCUGAGAAAGGCAAAAGAAAUAAAAGACCCUUGCUACCUCAUGAUGAAGAUUCUUCAGAUGACAUUGCUGGUUUAACAUGCCAGCACGUCAGUUAUGCUGUCAGUGUGAAUCAUGUGAAGAAGGCAGUAGCUGAGAAUCUGUGGUCAGUCUGUUCAGAGUGUUUGAAAGAGAGAAGAUUCUGUGAUGGACAGCCGGUACUCCCUUCCGAUGUCUGGCUGUGCCUCAAGUGUGGUUUUCAGGGAUGUGGUAAAAAUUCAGAAAGCCAGCAUUCACUGAGACAUUUCCAGAGCCCUGGGACCGAGUCCCAUUGUGUUGUCAUUAGCCUGAGUACCUGGACCAUAUGGUGCUAUGAAUGUAAUGAAAAAUUAUUGACACAGUGUAACAAGAAGGUUUUGGCUCAGAUAGUUGACUUUCUCCAGAAACAUGUUUCUAAAACACAAACAGGUGCAUUUUCUAGAAUCAUAAAACUUUGUGAAGAAAAACGUGAAACAGGGGAAAUAAAGAAAGAGAGAAAAGGCAGCUGUGUGCCAUCUGUUAAAGGAAUUACAAAUCUAGGAAAUACUUGCUUUUUUAAUGCAGUCAUUCAGAACUUGGCGCAGACUCACAUUCUCUUUGAACUGAUGAACGAGAUAAAAGAGGAUGGCACCAAACUCAAGAUUUCUCUUUCGUCUGCUCUGCAGCUGGAUCCGUUAGUGGUGGAACUUUCGAGCCCUGGACCAUUGACUUCAGCCUUGUUCCUGUUUCUUCACAGCAUGAAAGAGGCUGAAAAAGGACCACUUUCCCCUAAAGUUCUUUUCAACCAACUCUGCCAGAAGGCUCCUCGGUUUAAAGGGUUCCAGCAACAGGACAGUCAGGAGCUUUUGCACCAUUUGUUGGAUGCAGUGAGGACAGAGGAAACGAAGAGGAUACAAGCUAGCAUUCUAAAAGCAUUUAACAACCCGACUACGAAGACUGCUGAUGAUGAAACUAGGAAAAAAGUCAAAGCCUAUGGAAAGGAAGGUGUGAAGAUGAACUUCAUAGAUCGGAUCUUUAUUGGUGAAUUAACUAGCACAGUCAUGUGUGAAGAAUGUGCAAAUAUCUCCACCAUGAAGGAUCCCUUCGUUGAUAUUUCUCUUCCCAUUAUAGAAGAAAGGGUUUCAAAACCUGUACUUUUGGGGAAAGUGAAUAAAUGUAGAAGUUUACAGGAGACGGACCGAGAUCAUGACAACAGCAGUGCUACUGUAGAAAGUACCCAUCAACCCAGAACUGCCAAGAAGCAUUCUGCACCUGAAGAUAAGAAUCAACUAAGUCACGACAAAAAGCACAUAAGAAAACAGCCAUCUGGGGAAGAGAAGACUGGGGCUCUGCAUCGGAAGAAUGAAAACUGUGAAGGGAACUUGUUUGCCACUGUCCUGAGCACUGAAUCGUCAGUGAAUGAAAGCCCCACCGACGGCAGCGACAAAGAAGCCAGACUUUGUGAAAGCAGUGCCGAUGCCGACAGCGAGCCUUCUGAAUCCGAGAGUGCUUCCCAGCAAACUGUGCUGUUCCAGGCCAGUGGUGACUCCCGUGGGCACACAGACCAGCACCUACACCUCUCACUGGCAAGGGAAUUGCCACACACCACCGAGACUCAUAGUGAUGAUGAGAAAAUGGCUGACGCGAUUGCUGGGCUUCAUUUGGGCAACACCGCCAUCGGAAGUAGAGAUUUUGACAGGGAAAAUCAGUCACUAAACAUCCACAAUAAUUUGUGUUUUUCAGAGGGAAAACACAUGAAGUGUCGUAGUGCCCCAACUGCUUUUCAGACUCUUUCUCAGAGCUAUGUGACUACUUCUAAAGAAUGCUCAGUGCAGUCCUGUCUGUACCAGUUCACGUCCAUGGAGUUACUAAUGGGCAACAACAAGCUCCUCUGUGAGGAAUGCACAGAAAAGAAACAGAAGCGCCAACGGGAAGCCAGCUCUGCAGAAAAGAAAGCAGGAGGAGUUUAUACGAAUGCCAGGAAGCAACUACUUAUAUCUGCUGUCCCAGCUAUCCUAAUUCUUCAUCUUAAAAGAUUCCACCAGGCUGGCUUGAGUCUUCGUAAAGUGAACAGACACGUAGACUUCCCACUUACCCUCGACUUAGCACCAUUCUGUGCUGCUGCCUGUAAGAAUAUCAGUGUAGGAGAGAAAGUUCUCUAUGGUCUCUAUGGAAUAGUGGAACACAGCGGCUCAAUGAGAGGAGGCCAUUACACUGCCUAUGUGAAAGUGAGAGUGCCCUCCCGGAAAUUAUCUGAAUAUAUUACUGGCAGGAAACCUGUACCAGGUUUGAAAGAACCUGACAGUGACUCUGGAGGCCACUGGGUCCACGUCAGCGACACUUACGUGCAGGUGGUUCCAGAGUCAAGAGCACUUAGUGCACAGGCUUAUCUUCUUUUUUAUGAAAGGAUAUUGUAGUUAUCUGUUAACUGUUAGUUAGCUCGUCUGUAUUUUAAUGCUGCGGUGGUAAGCAUAACAUGUAAUGUGCCUUUGUAGUCUUUAGAAAUAGUGCAUCCUUCCAGCAUUAUCUGAUUUUUUCAUCAUGUGGUAAAUCCUUUAAAAAUAAAUUAAUGCACAGGUGGUGGUGGCUCACACCUUUGAUCCCAGUACUCGGGAGGGAGAGGCAGGUGAAUCUCUGUGAAUUCAAGGCCAGCCUGGUCUACAGAGUG